GACAUUUAUGGAUUCCCAAAAGCAGCACCUGAGACUCCCUGGCAUGUGGAUCUCCUUGUGCAUUGGAUUCCUGGGGCUGUGUUCCUCGCUGAUAGGCAGUUGCAUUAUCUUUCUGCACUGGAAGAAGAACUUGCAGAGAGAAGAACAUGCCCAGCAGUGGGUGGAAGUGAUGAGAGCUGCCAUGUUCACCUACAGCCCACUAUUGUACUGGAUAAACAAGCGGCGUCACCAUGGCUUGAAUGCAGCCAUUAACACCGGCCCUCCCCCUGCUCUCACCAAGACUGAAGAUCAGAAUCCAGAUUCUUUGUGGGAGCUGGAUAUCUCUGAAGGUGGGAACUAUGCUGUGCAAGACAGCAGUCCCAGAGGUGAAGCCUCCGGUCCCUUGCACCAUGUUCUGGUGGGCCCAAAGCAGCCCCUGUCUUCAACAAUGCCACAGCCUCGGACUGACUCCCCGCACCCACUUCCCAUUUUUGAGGAGGUGCCCUUUGCCCUGUCCCUCUGCAACCUACCUCCCAUGCUGAGCCACUCUGUCUCCUACCCUUUGGCCAACUGCCCUGAAAAGAAUGUCCAUUUCUGUUCCCUCCCCAUACUGGCCCAUGGAACAAACUGCUUAAAUGCCAAGCCCUUUGCUUCAGAACUGUAGUCUCCUCUCAUUGAGGGUGGGAGCUGUAGGUAUCAAAGGCUCCUUUUGGUAGAAAACAGAGAUAACCUCAAGGAGUGGUAUUGACAAGGAGGUUAGAGCCAUUUGGACAUCACAUCAUGAAAGAUUUAAAGAAAAAAAAAGUCCAA